AUGUCCCUCCCCAAUGGCCACCACGCAUGGCAGCCGCCGUCCCUUCAUCACCAACCGUCUAGUCGCCUGUUCCAUCAACUUGAUGAUGGUCCUGCGCGAAACGGAACCCCCGUCGACCAUUCAAUGUCCUUGAUGCCUGAGGCACAACCUGAUAUUGAAGAGGAACGACGACGCGCCUUGUUCAAAGAUCUCUAUCACAAGAGCGAGGCAAAGAUCUCGCUGCUGUUCGCUGACGACGGAUCAUACAACUAUCCCGCCAUCGAUGCGCUGCGCCGCCUCUCCGCCCCCUCCCCCUCCAUCUUACCCCCUACCACCGACCAUGCGCCGAUCCAAGAGCCUCCAUUAAAGAAGGCCAAGCGGGUUAUCGACGAAGACGAUUACGGCGAUGACGAUGACGAGGAUGAAGAAGACGCGACCGCCGCCGAUUCGAGUAAACCCGCGAACGGCAUUGCGGCCGCGGGCGCCGGCUCGCUGCUCUCCCCCUCAAAGUCCGGAAGUUCGCCCGUGCACUCCGUCAGCUCCCCCGGCAAGCUCCUCGAGAAACUCAAACAGGCCGACAGAUCCGGAGACAGCGCCAAAACGAGCGAAGAUGCGCGCAAGCAGCUGGAAGAGGCGCGUAACGCGACCGAAGAAGCGGCGAGACGGAGCUUCCAUACUAUAUUCUAUACCCUGGAAAACGACCGGACUGCUAUGCUGGAGCAGCAGCAGCUGGAGGAAUCCGAAAAACAAUUGCAGGCCGAGAUGGAAAAUAACAACAACCAUAGCCAGACAAAUGGCGCCCAGGCCGAAAACCAUGGGUCGCUCAGCAGCGCCAACCUGGGCGCGUCGAGUUUGACCCUCAAGCACUUGAUUGCGAGGAUAGACAUGAAACGCGACCAGGUUCGCGCCUCUGACGCCGAAUUGCGAUCGCUCAUGAACGAAGUACGGAAAAACCGAAGUAAAUGGGCCAGUGAGGAAAACGUCAACCAAGAAGAGUUGUACGAGGCCCUUGAGAAGGUCUUGACGGAGCUGAAGGCACAUACGGAAUACUCAACGCCCUUUCUGCAGAGGGUGAACAAGAGGGAUGCGCCGGAUUACUAUAACCUCAUCAAGCAGCCAAUGGACAUGGGAUCUAUGACCAAGAAGAUCAAGUCCCUCACCUACAAAUCGAAGGCGGAUUUCGUCACCGACCUUAACCUGAUAUGGGACAACUGCCUGCGAUACAACCAAGAUAUGGGACACCCUCUCCGACGGAUGGCCAAUGGCAUGAGGAAAGAGGCCGAGAAGCUGAUUCCUCUCAUUCCGGACCUCGUCAUCCGUCCGCGAGCCGAGGUCGAGGCAGAAGAGCGCCGUAAACAGAAUGGCGGCGAGGAAGAUGGUGGUGACGACUCGGACGAUGAGCCGAUAAUGUCAUCUCGCGGUCGUACUGCCGGAACCAAGGGCGCCAAGUCUCGGAAACAACCUACCGAUCAGAAGGAGGGUACUCCCAGCGUUGACCAGAAGCCGGUGCUGCAGCUUAAUGGCCUGCUUGCUAAGGGCAGAGAAGGCUCUGAGGCAGUCGACGGUAGUGGAUUCGGCACACCCAUCGCUGGUUCCGCAACUCCUGGCGGCGUCAAUGGGCACUCAGGCAUUGGAAGCAACGCCGAUGCCAUGGAUAUCGACGGGCCCACGUUGAACGGCAUGGCCUUGGGACAGGCUCUCAACGAGGCUGCAGAACAGGCCUACGAGGACGACGAGUACAAGAUCUGGAAGCAAGUUACGAAGAAAGACCGCGCACUCAUCGCCAAGGAAAGGUAUCAGCUUUUCAAGGACAACAAGCUCAACACCGACGCUCCUGCUCUGCUACGAAACAAGGCCGGUAUUCGGUGGUAUUUGAGAGGGCAAAAAGAAGCCGAGACACUAGGUGUCAUUGGCCAAGCUCAGGCCGACUCAUCUGCUAUCGCUGCUAAAGAAGCUGCGAAGCCUGCCGAAACUCUUGCAGAGGGCAUGGAAGGAGAAGAGGAGAAGAUUGUACCCGCGUACUACGAACCUCUGACGGUCCUCCCAGACAUCCAACCGAAGCUGCAGUGGAUCGAGGAUGGUGAGGGCCACGUCAUCAAUCAGCAUGAGGAAUAUCUCCGUAUGAUUCCCGAAGGUCACUUCAAGGCACCCAAGAGCAAAUUUGCCAGCAAGAUCGACAGCAACAUUCAUCAGAUCCAGGAGACGAGGAAACUGUCGAGCAAGAUCGGCGUGAUUAAGCAGAUGCAGAUCCAGACUCAGGUUUACAACAACCAAUUUCCCAAGUCCAACUACGAAUCUUUUAUAGAGCAGGAUGCCGAGCCAUCUUUCAUCGCAGAUGAUGGUCCCGUCAUUGCACCAGAGACUUGCCGUAGUGCAUUGCAGCGCUCUGUAGCCAAGAUCCUCUACCACACCGGUUUCGAAGAGCUUCAGCCCUCAGCCAUCGACACCAUGACCAGCUUAGCAUCCGACUACUUUGAGAAGAUCAUCAAAACCUUCAACGUGUAUCGCGAGGCGGAGAAGAUCGAGGCACCUGCAAUCCGUGCCGAGGGAAGCUCUCGAUUCCAGUCACGCUUCACUCCCGAGGAAAUUAUCUUGCACACGCUCGACGAGAAUGGAUGCGACCUGUUCAGUCUGGAGUCUUACGCUAAGGACGAAGUCGACCGACUCAGCUCGAAGCUUGGCGGUAUCCACGAACGUAUGAAGUUCCAUCUUACCGAGCUUUUGCGGCCCGCCCUCACCCAGGAGGCCGGACAAGAUGGUGUUGGUGCCUUCAAAGAUGGUAGCGAGCAGUUCGUUAGUGGUGACUUCGCUGAGGACCUCGGCGAAGACUUCUUUGGUUUCAAGGCCCUGGGUCUGGACAAGGAGAUGGGUCUUGAUAUGCUCUCGGUUCCUCUCCACUUGCUCCAGUCUCGUGUUCGCAACCAAUUCCAGAUGCAGACCCAGACGGUUGGCACGGAGGUCACUGACCUCUUCGACUCCUUGCCGCCUGUUGAGCCCAUCACGACGGAGAACAUCCACGGCCAGAUUGGUCUCGUCAAGAACUUCUUCCUGGCCAAGCUGCACGCUAAUGGCGAUACGCCCCUGGUCGAAGACGAAGAGCUGCCUGUUAAGCAGAGGCGGCCCAGACCCCGUCUUGGUGCAUCUGGAAAGAUCGUCUCGCCGCAGAAGCGGCCGCCCAAGGAGCAAAUUGCCCUUGCCAAGAAGAAGAAGAAGAUGGAAUUGGCGGCGCAAGCCAACAAGGACGUCAAUGCUUCACCGGAGAAGAAGGGCGAGACUACGCCGGCGAAGAAGGUCAAGCACGCCAACAUCAACGGCUCCGGGCCCAACCCAGCGGCGAUCGCGCUGCCUUCAAGCAUGGAGCGGAACGAGAGCAUGCAAAGCCAGGGCAACACCAGUCAGACCGACAAGGACGAGCCCAUGGGUAUGAUGAGUCCCGAGAGCAUUGAGAGAUGA